CCAUGUGUCCACUGAAAAUGUCAUCGUGUUCCAUACGGAUGCCUUUGUAAUCGGACCGGGUACUUCCGGUUUGUGAUGUCAAUUUUUCGGCAUGCUGCAGAGUUCCACCUGAAAUAAAGUGUAUCUGACGGUAGAUCUUAAAGGGUCCAGCAACCAUGGGGAUUUUGGAGAAAAUAGCGGAAAUCGAGAGAGAAAUCUCUCGUACACAGAAAAAUAAAGCUACCGAGUACCAUCUGGGAUUAUUGAAGGCCAAACUUGCCAAGUACAGAGCCCAGCUGUUGGAGCCAUCAAAAUCAGCUGGAGCCAAAGGGGAAGGCUUCGAUGUAAUGAAAUCUGGCGAUGCCAGGGUAGCACUAAUCGGGUUUCCAUCCGUGGGUAAAUCCACUUUCCUCAGCUUAAUGACGGCGACUGAAAGUGAAGCUGCAAAUUAUGAGUUUACCACACUGACAUGCAUCCCAGGUGUCAUUGAGUACAAAGGGGCCAACAUACAGCUCUUGGAUUUGCCUGGAAUCAUUGAGGGGGCUGCUCAGGGUAAGGGUAGAGGCCGGCAAGUCAUUGCAGUGGCUCGAACAGCUGAUGUUGUUAUCAUGAUGCUGGAUGCAACAAAGGGAGAUGUGCAGAGAGGGCUGCUGGAGAAAGAAUUGGAGUCUGUUGGCAUUAGGCUCAACCGUUGUAAACCAAAUAUUUACUUCAAGCCCAAGAAAGGUGGCGGUCUGUCCUUCAACUCGAUGGUGCCGCUCACACAGUGCUCAGAGAAACUGGUGCAGCUGAUUCUGCACGAAUACAAAAUCUUCAACGCCGAGGUUUUGUUCCGAGAGGACUGCACACCAGAUGAAUUCAUUGACGUCAUCGUUGGAAACAGAGUUUACAUGCCUUGCUUAUAUGUGUACAACAAAGUGGACUGUAUAUCAAUUGAGGAGGUGGACCGAUUGGCCCGGAGACCCCACAGUGUUGUCAUCAGCUGUGGCAUGAAACUGAAUCUGGAUUACCUUUUGGAGCAGCUUUGGGAAUAUUUGGCCUUAAACUGCUUGUACACCAAGAAGAGAGGAGAACGACCUGACUUCGGAGACCCCAUCAUCAUGAGACGAGGAGCAUCAGUAGAACACGUGUGUCACCGAAUUCACAGAACGUUAGCCAGCCAAUUCAAGUACGCCUUGGUGUGGGGCACCAGCACAAAGUACAGUCCCCAGAGGGUGGGGCUGACACACAUCAUGGAACACGAAGACGUUAUCCAGGUGGUGAAGAAAUAAACAGAAACUCAACUCCUUCACUGGCCCACUCCCUUCACAAGACGCUCUGGCCGUGGGGGACUCCAGAGGAAUAUGCCGAUGAGCUGUGUUCAUAUAUAGGCUCCAACGAUAGUGCAGUGCAGGGUUUUGCAAUUAAGAUCUCUUAAAAAGUCAGAUUCUGGACCUUUCUGAGCAGGUGAGAAAUUAUGGAAGUGAGAGCAGAGAAGUGCUCAUAUUUGACACAUGGUGUGGUGUGUUGAAGAAAGACUGUAUGAAUAAAUUUCCUUCUGAUUUGGUU